AUGGUCGAGCAUAUUCUAUCUCAAGGCUAUGGCUAUGGUUUCGCCGUGGGUGUAGGUGCUGGUUUUGCCAUUCUGAUGGUUAUCAUUUCCACCUUGCUCUCGAAAUACAUGGGCCAAGUUCAAACUUCUGAGAGGUUCUCCACCGCAUCUAGAAACGUUAGCUCAGGCUUGAUCGCAUCAUCUACGGUUUCUGCUUGGACCUGGCCUGCCACUUUGCUACUUUCAGGUACUUGGUCUUAUAUUUAUGGUAUCAGCGGAGCAUGGCUUUACGCGGUGGGCGGGACAAUUCAGAUCACGCUGUUCGCCUUUCUGGCACUUCAAAUAAAACGCCGUGCCCCAACUGCCCAUACUGUCUCCGAAACAGUGUACAUAAGAUUUGGGAAAGCUGGCCACCUCGUGUAUUUGUGCUACUGCGCUGCCACCAAUGUCAUGGUUUCAUCGCUUCUUCUUCUUGGCGGAUCACAAGCAUUUGCAGCUACUACCGGAAUGCAUACCGUGGCUGCUAGUUUUCUUCUCCCGCUUACGGUUGUCAUCUACACGGCUCUUGGAGGUCUCAAAGCGACUUUUAUUUCGGAUUGGGUCCACACAGUCAUAAUAUAUGUCAUUCUCAUAGUAACGGCGUACACAGUGUAUUGCAGCUCUCCGUUGAUCGGAUCUCCAGGCAGGAUGUGGGACCUUUUAAAAGAAGCACAGGAAAUAUUUCCUAAUACUUCUGGGACCAGUUAUCUCUCGUUCAAAGACAAGAAUAUGGUUCUCCUUACUUGGUCGGUUAUGUUAGGAGGACUCUCGUCAGUUUUCGGUGAUCCUGGUUACUCUCAAAGAGCGAUAGCUUCAGAUUCCAAGAGCGUCUUCAUGGGAUAUAUGAUGGGUGCGCUGUGUUGGAUGAUUAUACCCUUCGCUCUAGGUUCGUCCGCCGGACUGGCCUGUCGUGCUCUUUUGACGAACCCUGCCUCCGUAACAUUUCCCAAUCCUUUGAGCGAAGAUGAGGUGGGCGCCAGCUUGCCUUUCAUUUAUGGGCUGGCGGCAAUUUUUGGCAAAAGUGGCGCGGCCGCGGGACUGGUUAUGCUGGAGAUGUCUGUCACAUCAGCCACGUCAGCAGAACUGAUCGCGUUUUCUUCCAUUACCACUUACGACUUGUAUCGCACCUAUUUUAAUCCGGGAGCCUCAGGCCAGAAGUUGGUUCGUGCGUCCCACAUUAGUGUUGUGUGUUUUGGACUUUUUAUGGCGGCUCUGGCCGUGGUAUUCAACUACAUCAACGUAACAGUUUCGUGGCUUUUGAGUUUCCUGGGUAUUGUGCUGAACCCGGAAGUUUUUGCAGUGACGUUGGCACUUUUUUGGCCUAAAAUGACCAAACUGUCACUCCUCAUCGGCGUUCCGUUAGGAACAGUUUCCGGCGUGGUGUGCUGGAUCGGAGCUACUUAUCACUAUGCAGGAGGCACCAUCAAUAGAGCUACGUUGAUGACCACGGAGGCGACUUUUAUUGGCAAUAUCGUGAGUUUAUUCUCGAGCGCCAUCUAUAUCGUAGCGAUAUCGCUGAUAAAGCCCGAGGGAAGCUUCAACUUGGACAGUUUCAAAUGGGAGGUUCGUGUAGCAGACGACAUCGACACUGAGGAGCAAGAAGCCUUGGUGUUGUCGGAGAAAGAUGAAAAGCUGCUAAAUGCCCAGACGUGGCUAAGCUUGUUUAUAAACUUGUUCUUGCUGCUGGGGGUUUACGUGGUGCUGACCUGCGCAUUGUAUGGCUGGGGCGGCGACCUGAGCAGAGGCUCGUUUACGGCUUUUAUGAUUGUGAUGCUGAUAUGGCUAGUGCUGGCAGCUCUGUAUAUCAUUUUGACACCGCUGUGGCAGGGCAGACGUGCGAUCAAGACUGUGACGUUGCGCCUAUGUGGGCGGAAGCCCGAGCUGAGCGACAGGCCAAGUGUGCAAAAUUCGACGGACUCGAACCCCACGCUGUUCAAGACAAGCCCUGACCAGGAAAAGGUACGCGAGCUCAGCGACGAGAGCUGA